AUGAAGCGCAGCGAUAGCGAAACGAGGUCGCCGAGCGGCACGGACGACUCGGCCAGCUCGGGCCAAGGGGGCAAGGGCCCAAUUCGCUUCCUGAGUUCGCGCGGGAGCUCGAAGCGCGUGUCCCCCGCCGAAGACCCCGCAGCGCAGACGGCGUCGCCAUGGGCCGCGGCGCUGGAGAAGCAGAAGAGCCGCGCGCUGCCGGACAAGGCGGCGUUUGGGGGCCACGGAGGUGGCUUGAAGAACAUCAUCUCGUCAUAUCUCGGGGCGUCGCGGAUGCGACGGCGCCGCGUCGCGCAGGAUGAUGACGCGCGGUUCGCGGACCAGAGCUACGAUCGGCACUGGGAGAUCCGCCUGGCCGCCAGCGGCCCGUGGACGGCGUUUCUCAUCCUGCUAUCUUGCCUGCUCUCACUCACGGGCAUCAUGAUCCUCGACUACGUCAACUGGUCGCGCAUGUGGACUGAGUUCGGGCUCGUCAUCUUCGUCGGCGGGAUCUGGGCGUUCGACCUGUGGCUGCAACAGAGAGCGUGGGAACAGGCACGCGUGACGUGCGCAACGGCGCUCACGCGGAAGAUCCUGAAAGGCUUGGACAUCUUCUCGGUGCUGUGGUGCUUCUGCGGCGCCUUCUUCAUCUUCGUGUGCGGCGGCUACUACUUCGACGGCUUCAAAACGGGCAGCUGGUCCGGCGGCAUGGAGUCCCCCACCGUGCUCAGCAUCGACGGCGCCAAGAACUACCUCGUGCUCGGGACCCACAUGAUCCACAUCUACGCGACGGUCGUAAAGGCCGCCUUCAUGAUCAAAGCGGUCGGAGCCAUCCAGCGCUACCGCGUCUGGUGCCUCCACUUCUGCGAGGGCGAGCUCCGCAAGGACCCGGCCUCGCCCAACGUGGUCUCCCACGCCGCCUUCUUCAUGCACACCCUCACCGUGCUGGUCGUGUUCAUGGUCUGCGGCUGGUUCUUCCCGCACCUGGGCAGCGGCGGCCUCCUUGACAACGCCGGCUUCGAGAUCCUGGCGGUCCUGGAGGCCUUCGUCGGCCCGGACGGCGCCAUCGAGGACCGGUCGGGCCUGGAGUCGUUCCUCGACGUCUACGGCGCGGACCGCGGCGGCAGGCUGGUGAUGCUGUCCAACGUCGGGUGGGAGCUGAUGCGCGUGAGCGUCGGGGCGGGGGAGAACCAGGAGCUGUACGUGGUGGGACACGACCACCUGCACUUUGAGGAAUCCAACAUGAAGAUCAUCGUGAGGUCCGAGAACCACAUGGCGGAGGCGUACUUCGCCCUCAACGGCGUCCGCCCGGACAUGAUCGGCCCGAUCGUCGGCUGGCACGUGCUGUUCAUCGUCACGGUGCUGGGCAUCAGCGUCCUGGUGACGGCGGGCCUGAUCAAGCACAUCCUCCUCCCGCUCAACCUGAUGUACGAGACGCUGAUGCAGUCCGCGAGCAUGCUCGAGGAGACGGGGCUCCUCGGCGAGCGCGAGCUCAAGGCGGACUCGGAGGCGGACGCGCACAGCGCCGACGUGGCCAUGCAGAAGGUGGCGCGCGCGGUGAUGCUGCUCGCGCGCGCGGCGCGCAGCGGGGGACGCGGGAUGAUUCAGCGGCUCAUUCAGAGCACGGGCGGCAGCGAGGAGCGCCAGUUGGCGGAGCAGUGGGUGCGGCUGUACGAGGGAGGCCCCACGGCGUAUGAGCGGCCGUCGGAGAACGGUACGGCGGGGAGGAAGACGAGCGGGAUCGGACAGAGGAUAUCGCAUCAGCACGAGGGUGCGAGCUCGUCGCCAAGGACGCGGCGGAAGUCGGUUCCGGGGCUCGCGGGGACGGUGUCGGUGGCUGCCAACGGGGAGGCGCGCGAGGUCGGGCGCAGGAAGACGGGCCGCUACGAUCGCAAGCUGCGGCCGAGCGAGGCCGAAGCGGGCCUGGCGGCGGACGCCGCGGCCGCCGUGGUCGCCUCGGCGCGCGACAGUGGCAUCCCCGACGCCCCCGGGGUGGUCAGCAAGGCGCCGGUGAUUCCCGCCGACCUGUGGCACCCGGGCGCGGCGGACAUGGGCAACUUCUCGUGGAACGUGCUGCAGCACGACGAGCAGGACAACGUCAAGCUCGUCCUCAUGAUGUUUGACCAGCUGGACCUGAUUGUGCCCAAGCCGGGGGGGCUCGUGAGCCUGCCGGUGCUGGAGGCGUUCGUGCGCGCAGUGGCGGACACGUACGCGGACCACCCGUACCACAACUGGUGGCACGCGGUGGACGUGACGCACAACGUCUUCGUCAUCCUCCAGCAGUGCGCCGCCAUCAAGGGCGGCAUUCCUGCGGUGGAGAAGUUCGCCCUCAUGAUCGCGGCGAUCGCGCACGACGCGGGGCACAAGGGCGUGAACAACGCGUUCCUGACGAAGACCGACGACCCGCUGUCGAUCUUCUACAACGACCAGUCCAUCCAGGAGCACCUGUCGGCGUCCAUCGUCUUCCAGCUGAACAAGGAGCCGGCGACGGCGGUGUUCGGGAAGCUCACGCGCGCGCAGUUCAUGCGUGCGAAGAAGGUCGUCGUGCACGCCAUCCUCAUGACGGACAUGGCGCAGCACUUCAGCCUCACCUCGAAGGUGGCGGUUCUGGCCGAGGUCGUGUCGUCCGACUGCGCGCACGAGAAGCCGUCGAACGCGUCGUGCCUCGGGGAGGCCAGCUGCUUCGCGAAGAAGCUCAUAGCCGACGUCGACACGCGGGACACCACGCUCGCCGCCGUCCUGCAUGCCGCCGACAUUCUGCACGCCUGCAAGCCUUGGGACCUCGAAAUGGACUGGGGCAUGCGCGCGCUCGAGGAGCUCUUCGCGCAGGGCGAUCGCGAGACGGACAUGGGUCUCCCCGUCGACCCGAUCAUGCGCCGCGACGGCCAGGGCCCCGAGGAGUCUCAAAUGGGCUUCAUGGACUUCGUUCUGGCUCCCUUCACCAAGGCGCUGGCGGACCUGCUCCCGGAGCUCCGCGAGGCAGCGCUCGUGCCCAUGGUCGACAACUACGCGGCGUGGGCGGCCGCGGCGAUCGCGCGGCUGCAAGAGAAGAACCCCGAGGGGGACUCGAAGAAGGCGCAGCAGCUGCGGGAGAAGAUCGAGCUGUUCGAGGACAAGUACUUGCCGGCCGACGCGCAGCUGGAAGCAGAGGAGGAGCUCAAGGCGGAGGCGAGCAUCGAGAACGCGGCGCGGCCGAAGCAGUCGACGAUCGUCAACGCGUUCCAGCGCGUCCGGCAGUCGCUGCAGAUCGACCGCCCCAGCAUGGACCGCGGGGGCGCGCGUCUGGCCCCGACUUCGUCGAUGCGGGCCCGGCAGAGGGGCCUGCUGAAGACCCCUUCGAUGACGCGGAAGUCCCCCUCGGGCGCGACGGCUGCCCCCGCGCGCAUGUCGCUGCAGCUCCCGCGGUCGAGGCUCGGGUCGCAGCCCCCCCAAGGCGCGUCCAAGGCCGAGGAGCCCCCCAGCGCGCCGCAGCGCAACGGCGUGGCGAACGUCGAGGCCAUCAUGUCGAACCUGCUCUCCAGCACUGGGUCUGCAAGGAGGCUGAACGUGCGCCAAGAUCCUCCCCCCGCGGGGUCCACGGGCUGGACGCGCGAGGAAUUCCCCUCGCGCACCCUCGAGACCAUCGGCGAAGCGGGGCAGUGA